AUGCCCUUCGAACCCCCUCGAUCCCUCUUGACGCCGUUUCCGGAGCCUCUUCCGCUCUAUACUCCGCGUCAGUCGGCCCCAAACGAGUGGGAAACCGCCUCCGUCCGUUCGGAUGCUCCCUCGUACGUCUCCGCAGCACCCUCAUACCAUUCCUCUGCGCCGCCGCAUCACUUGAGAGCCUGUGAUCUUGUCCCAGAGCCGGAAAACAGUAGGCCGAGGGGAGAUAUUUUAUCAGAGCCGUCGUCCUCUUCAUCUGGUCCUUCACAUCAGACUGGACUACCCUCCCCCCAGAGAUAUGCUCCUGGUUUCGAGAGCAGAGGUGGGGAUCUGUCACAUACCAAUAUUCGAUCGCUGUAUAGCAUUGCCGAAUGGGUUCCUGUUACUGGAGGUCUCCAAGCCCGCCAUUAUCAGAAUGUUGCUAAGAGGCGGGUUACGAACCUGACGAGAUCUGGCUUACCCGCCCUGACGCUGGCCCCUCCAGAGCCAACGCACGUUUCGCGAUACGAGAACACAAGUACUCCCGAUGGACUUUCAAGGCGCUUUACCACCCCAGCCUUGGGUGUUGGUAGCUCAAGCGCGUUUGGCGAAAGUCAUAAUUUGUCUUCUUCCAGCCUGAUAAACGGUCCUAACCCAAGACCUGUCUCACCUCCAGUCGCUGCCGGGAGCAGUACUUCGGUGGAUUACCAUCCAGGCGCCCAAUCCGUCGAAAACCUUCCAUUCUCCCCCCUCGAAGACCCAGACCUGGUUGGAGAAGCCGCCGCGGCGAGAUUUCGUUCCCAGCGCAUCUACCGAGUGCUGCAGCAGGAAGAAAACUCCUUGCAGGAGAGUCAACCCUCGGGCUCAAACUCUCGACACCAGGAGCUCAGGCAGGCCGCCCACGUGUACCAAUACAGCUCAUUGAUCACGGACGCAGACAACCCGCGCGUUCACCAGCGGCCAUCCACGGCGCCUGAUUUGUCCACCGAGACCACCGAUGCAGACGAGCCCGGGCCAUCGUACCAUGUCGCGCGCACACGCCAGCGGUCCAACACCGUGGACGACUACGACGAGUGGCUCCGCGCUCAAGAAUCAAGAACGUGGGACUGUAUGAUGGAGCAGAUGGCGGAGUGGGAGGCGCGGCAGCGCAGCUGGAAGAAGUUCAAGGACGAAGUGGACAAAAGAUUGAAUUCUAGCCUUAAGAAGGGAAUGGGUUGGGGCGCCUGGUCGUCUUCGUCCAGCGACGGGAAGAGGAAGUUGAAGAAGGAGUUUGGUAGCCAUCCGAGAAUGAAGAAGUGGAAGAAUAAGGUCGGCUUGGCGGGUUGA